AGUUGUUGAAAGCGCUGUCGUGCUAACUACACACUUGAUUAGCCACAAGGCCUGACUAUGUACGCAUGGAUAUAGUAUAUAGCAUAGUGUUGUUAACACGCGCAACGCCAACCGCCAACUUUAUUUACAAAACGCACUCAACACACUCUUCGCACACAGAAAAACCAGUUUGGCAAUAAAAGCUUCCACUUUCAAUUGGAAUGAGGUAAGACUGGCGAUCUUACAAAUCUCAGCGAACACAUUUGAGCGAAAAGGCAAGGCGAACGGUUGGGCUUCGCGAAACUGAGCGGUGUACAAAUUAAUUAAUUAAAGAAAAUUAAAAGUAAAAAAAAAAAUACAACAAAAUAUUAUUUAUACAACGAAGCGAGAAAGAAAAAAAUAAAAAAAAUAUUAAUUUGCAUAUUUCGGCGCUAAGUGAAGACACGAACAACGAAAAAUAGCAAAAGCAAAAUUAUAAAAAUAUAAAAAACAAAAACAAAAAUUUAAUUGUUAUUAUGUUUGAAAUGAAACUGGAAAUUUAAAUUAAAAAGUUUAUAGAUUUUUUUAUGAAAAUUAAAGACAGCGAGCGACAAGUGAACGAGGCACAGUGUGUGCGAAAAGUAAAUAGACUUUUUUUCGAAUUUUGUUUUUGCAAAAAAUUUCAAAAUUUAACAGUGAAUUAUGCGUGCGAAAUCAAAAGCAGCAAAUUGUUUAAAAAAUUUCGAUAAUCAAAAAUUAUUAAAACAAAAAAAUUUAAAAAUUUAAAUUAAAAAAAAAAAGAAGAAGCCAACUGAAGAAGCGACAAAAAGCAGAUAAGCAAAUCUACUACCAAAUCGGCGUUGUUUUGCACGAGAGCCAGUGUGCGUGUGCGGUGUAUGUGUGUGUGCAUGUGUGCCAUUAUUACGAACGCCAAUCGUAACGCGCCCAAAUAAGCUAUCACUACAACAACAACAACAAUAAUGCGAUUAACUAGAGCGAGUUGCGCAAGUGAUAAUUGAGCAACUAAAUAAAAUAAAAUAAAACAUAAAAAAACAUAUAAAAAUAAAUAAAUAAAAAUAACAACAAAAACAAAAACAACAAGUGAUCGCCAUAGCAAUGAGCUGAGGAAUAAGCAAAAAUACAAAGCAACAAAUAAUCAUAUUUUGUAUUUCGCUAUCAGCUAGCAACAACGCGUUGGAUUUUUACACACACACACACUGAAGCAAAUAAAUAAAUAAUUUUCGAAAAUUACAUUGCCAAAGCUGAGCUUAAAAUCUUUAUCAGCGCAGAAUAUGCGCAACAGCAAUCAGAGGAGGAGACACACGAAAUAUUAAAAUUAUAUUGAAAUAUUAUCAAACAAAUUUUUUAUUGUUUUUGUAACUCAAAAGUAUAAUGAAAACGAACUGCCAGCGAGCAAACACUACGCACGCACACUGCCGCCACUGAGAUAGCAAGCGAACCAGCCAGCGAGCGCUCGCAGCUUCCAACGCAUGCGCCUAGUCACAUAAAGCAGCCAAACGCAGAUUACGCCUGCCAACAACAACAACGAUAAGCAUAAAUGCACUGUCAUUCCGCGAGUAAUUAGUGAAAGAAAGAAAUAUAUUGACAACGGUCACAUGAAAUUCAGCCAACAGUCGCUACCGAUUUGGAGCCACCCGCUAGCAGCUGCACUUCGCAGUUCAGCGCUCGUUUAAUAGUGGGCGAAUGCAAGGUCAUUCAGUGCAUAGCACUACGAUACACAAACUGCCGCGGCUAGUAAGCCAACGACGAAAUUGAUACCAAAAUAACAACAAAAAAAAAAAAUAUUUUUUUCUCCAAAAGAAACGCGAAAAGACACUGCGAAUAUGGAAGGCGAGAAAAUGUCCACGUUCUAUUCGAGUUCAACUAAGUUAACUCAAAGCAAUUGCUUGGCGCCACCCAACACAGUGCCCCAUCUACAGCUGUCACCAACUACUGGUACACACACAACAACGCCGAUGCAAUCAUCCGCUCAACUCUCGCUUUCACUCAAAGUGGAACCAGCAGUUUCCGCCAACGCAUUUCUCGAACCGCCAUCCAACUCAUCCGCGUCCACGUCCUCUGCGCCGUGCGCGUCCACCUACAACGAUCCUUUCGCCGCCUAUGCCGAUAACUUCGAUCUAUCACUACUACCUCAGGAUUGUGCUCAACAAACAAACGGGAAUAUACCCACUAUUGUUUAUCAAUUUGGUUGCAAUACACAACCCACAACACCAACAACAUUAUCCCCAGCUUCCGUGCCGUUCCAUAACUUAUUAACGCCACCACAGAUUAAAGUCGAGCAAGCUUGGUCGUUCGGUUCCACUAUCUCCCUGCCGGAGGAGUUCAAGCGUGAGCCACAAGCGUCACCGAUGCUGAAAUCAGCCAAUCAAUUGAUACCACCACCACCGUAUCCGCAUAUUUAUCCCUCUCCGCAAUCGAGUCCCGCACAAUCGGAAUACGGUUUUCCGCAAACACAAUUUGCCGGUUGUUUCGAGUCGCUGAGCUCCUCGUUGAGCUCGUCGCGUUCAUCUCUACACACCACAUCGCCAUAUCCCUCGCUAGAUGCCUGCAAUAUUAAACAAGAGUUGCAUAUCCUGCCACCAUCGCCGCCCGAAUCCAAUUGUGAAGCACCGUCGCCGCAUUCAUCGUGGCCCGAUAUCAAGUCGGAACCGCUCGAUGCUGAUGUGGAGACAUUGAUCGAUCUGAAUAUGUUGCUCGAUAAGAAGGAAUUCUCUAGCACAGCUUAUACCGAUUACAAUAACAGCAACAGCGAAUGUCAUUUGAAGCCGGCUGCAGCGAUGCCAGUACAACAACAUCAGCAGCAGCAACAACAACAACAACAGCAAAAAAGUCAAGAUCAACAAAUGCUACGUGAGUUCUUUGAAGAAAACCAUUUCCCCAUGGGUUGUAGUAUGCAUGAAGUUGGUGACAAUAUCGAACAAGUGAUCUCAAUGGCUCUCGAGGAUACGAAGAGCUUGGCCGUGGAGACCUGCGCCAAACUGCAGAUAUCACAAGAUCCCUGCGAUUGGUCGGUAACUCAAGCACACUCUUGGCUACGUUCCACAGUAGCACAGUUCAAAUUGCCAGAAAUCGAAGAUUUGGAGGCGAAAUUCCCGGAAACUGGUGCAGCACUGAUAUUGCUCAGCGAGGAAGAAUUCAAGCGACGAGUGCCAGAGAGCGGUUCCGACUUGUACGCACAGCUAGAGGUGUGGCGCUAUCAUUUCAACAGCAAUGCGGCAGAAAGCGAUGAUGACGAAGAUAUGCUGCCCACCACCAGUGCCCUAGCUGUUGCCGGCACAACAACAACCACGACAACCACAAAAUCAGCAGACACCAAACGCACCGGUCGCAGCGGUGGCUCACACAUACAUUUGUGGCAGUUCCUCAAGGAACUUCUGGCCGAACCGCACGCACACGGCACAGCCAUACGUUGGAUCGAUCGCAAUCGUGGCAUAUUCAAAAUCGAAGAUUCGGUGCGUGUCGCGAAACUAUGGGGUGGACGCAAGAAUCGUCCCGCAAUGAAUUAUGACAAAUUAUCGCGUUCGAUAAGGCAAUACUACAAGAAGGGUAUCAUGAAGAAGACGGAGCGUUCGCAGCGUUUGGUCUAUCAGUUCUGUCAUCCGUAUCAAUUGUAAGUGGAAGAGGGAGUUGGUGGAAAGUUAUACGUCAAAGUUUGAAAUGACAUUUGAGUAAUAUAUAAUGAAAGUUAGGUGUGUCAACAAAAUAGCGGUCUAAAUGACAGAAAAAAAAAACAAAUAAUUUAUUGCUAUUUAUUUAUUUAUUUAUUUAUUGCAUAUACAUAUAUACAAAAUAUUUAUUUAUUUAUUUAUUUAAAUUAUUAAGCGAAAAACACAUAUUUAUUCGUGGAUGGAUGCUAAGGAGUUCAAUAAUUUAUUUAUUUAUUAAAUUAUUUAAAUAAUUUAUUUAUUUAUUAAAUUAUUUAUUUAUUGAAAUAUUUAUUUAUUUAUAAACGAAAGAAAAAGUGCCUGUAAAAUUUACAACAAUCAAGAAAGUUGUUGUUUUUUUGGCGGCAACAGCAUUGCUCAGCUAUGCUGUUGAUAAUUCUUGAAUCUCUGAAAUGUC